AGAUCGACCGUUGUGCCGGGUAAAUGUAUUGUGCAUUUCAACGCGAGAUAACAAAAAAAAUGAUUCGAAUAAUCGUGAUAAUAAUGCUCUUAAUCAGAAUUCUGCAAGGAACUCAGGCGGCUAGAAUUUUAGGAGUGUUCCCUACACCAUCAAUCAGUCAUCAAGUAGUCUUCCGACGUCUCACCUUAGAGCUUCACAAAAGAGGUCACGAACUAGUAAUCGUCACAACUGACCCUAUGUACCAGAAAGGCGAAGCCCCUCAAAACUAUACAGAAAUCGACGUGCAUGACAUUUCGUACACAACUUGGAGAAAUGACUUCAUGAAACUUUCCAGAGGAAGCUCCGAUGACCUUUUCGAACAAACAGCUGUUAUAUUGGAAUUAACUACGAAUUUGUUUGAAAUGCAACUGAAAAGCAAAGAAGUUCAAGCACUGAUCAAAGUUAAAGAUGCAAAGAAGUUUGAUUUGCUCCUUCUAGAAGCAUGCAUUAGACCAGCAAUUAUUUUAACGCACAUUUUCGAUGCACCAGCAAUCCUUGUCAGUUCAUUUGGAGGUGUGGAAUAUGUGUUUCGUAUACUUGGCGUCCCAACGCAUCCUGUACUAUACCCGCCUCCGCUGCACCAAAGAAUUUUUAACUUGACAUUUUGGGAGAAAACGCACGAAAUUUUUACUCAUUACUAUUUGGAAUAUCUUUUUUGGAAGGCGGAAUAUAAGGUCGAUGAAAUGGUAAAAAGGAUUUUCGGACCCAGCACUCCAACUGUGAGAGAUACCUAUAAAAAUGUAGAGAUGAUACUCUUGAAUGCGUAUGCUGUUUGGGAGAAUAAUAGACCUGUCCCUCCUAAUGUUGUAUACGUUGGUGGCUUACAUCAGAAACCAGAGAAGGAUUUACCCGGGGAUUUGAAAGAAUAUUUAGAUUCUUCAAAACACGGCGUUGUAUACAUCAGUUUCGGCACAAACGUGGAACCAUCGCUGCUGCCUCCAGAACGGAUUCAACUCCUCAUCAAAGUAUUCUCCGAGCUGCCUUACGAUGUGCUCUGGAAAUGGGACCAAGAUGAAUUGCCGGGCAAAUCGGAAAACAUCAAAAUAGCAAAGUGGCUGCCACAAUCAGAUUUACUAAGGCAUCCAAAGAUCAAGGUGUUUAUAACUCAAGGAGGUCUGCAAUCGACCGAAGAAGCAAUCACAGCGGGAGUGCCACUGAUUGGGAUACCUAUGUUGAUGGACCAAUGGUACAAUGUCGAGAAAUACGUUCAGCUAAACAUUGGCUUGAAACUCGAUUUGGGUUCCAUUACAGAGGAUUCUUUCAGAAAUGCUAUCAACACAGUUACUGGUGAUGAAAGCUAUCGUCAGAACGUUGCUCGUCUCCGUAGCCAGGUCUUCGACCAGCCCCAGGGCCCUCUUGAGCGCGCCGUGUGGUGGACUGAGCACGUGCUGCGCCACGGAGGGGCCACUCAUCUCCGAGCCGCAGGAGCCUUGAAAUCUUGGACUGAAUAUUUUGAACUAAAUUUAAUUGCAGUAUUAUUAGUUAGUUUCUUAAUGGCUAUUGCAUUCAUUGUAACAUUGAUAUCUUCGUUGAUGACGUCAUUGAAAAUGUACUUUAAUUACGAUGACAAAAUAAAAAAGCAUUGAGUAUUCUUGUAAUUGUUAUCCCAUAAGGGAUUUCUGAAUAGCCUAAAUAUACAUAAUACAUAAUAUAUAGGGCAUAUACUAUGAUUUAUGUUUUCAAAAAAAGCUAGAUUUUCAUAAUAUAAAUAAACAUAAUUUUAGGGGCGUUAAAAAUAUUGUAUUCUUUUUAA